AUGUCGCGCAUAGUUUCCGGCGAAGACGUUUAUGGUCCCGGGUCCUGGAUAGACACCGAACCCCUUCCUGUACCUGACGAUGCACGUCGACUUCUCAGAAUUCUCGCAAACGCGACGCCAGGGUUCAGCAAAAAUGAGGCGGUCCUAGAUGCCGUGGAAUUCUCGGGUUCUCCUGCGCCCAUCACGCCUGGCCCGUUGAAAUCAUCAGUAAUCGCUGGUGCCUUACAUGCCAUGUGUGGUGUUGUCGCCAACGAACUGCUCCAAUCAAGAGAUGGCCCAAGUCCCAAUCGCUCUGUAUCGGUUGACACAGACCAUGCUUCAUUGUGGUUGGCAUGUGUGGGGAUGAGCAAGCGUAACGGCAAAACCGUGCGUGAACUCGCAAAAGAGGGCGAGCUGGCUUCCAUCUUCCCCAAGGACCUUGAAGGCGACAUAUUUAGUACUCCGCUUAGAGUACGCGCCACUGCCAAUUAUCCGACCAAAGACGAUGGCGUUUGGUUCCAACUGCACGGGUCUUUGGAUGCAGACCCAGUCCUGAAAACGAUCGGCCUCGACCCAUCACAGCACUGCGCCAGCAAUGAGGAGGCGUACAAAGUCAUCACCGAAAAAGUUCGCAAUUUCGGAGCACACGAGCUGGAAAUGAUGCAUAUGAUACAAGGCCUUUGCGGAAGUAUCUGCCACACUCCAGCUGGGUGGAAGGAGACGCGAAUGGCCAAAGACUUAUCCAAGCACCCUUUAAUCAACUAUAAACGGCAGACACACGCAGUCGCAACGCCAGCCAUUCCUUUGCCAAUGUCUGCCGAUAAAAGACCCCUGGCGGGCAUCAAGGUCGUGGAAUUGGUUCGUAUCAUCGCAGGACCGGUGAUAGGGACGACGUUGGCAUCACUUGGAGCGGACGUUAUCCGAGUUAACUGUGGCCGACUACCAGAUUUCAAUUCACUUCAACUGACACUCAACGCUGGCGUUCGAACCAUGGAUGUUGAUCUCAAGAAGGACGAAGAGGUCAAGAACUUGCUCAAGCUCAUCGAGGAUGCCGACGUCUUCGUUCAGGGCUACCGACCCGGAGUGAUUGCUAAGAACGGCCUCAGUCGCGACAAUCUUCUGGAGAUGGCUGGUAAGAGAGGCAAGGGCAUUGUAUACGUCGAGGAGAACUGUUACGGUCCAGAUGGGCCCAUGGCCGAGCGACCUGGAUGGCAGCAAAUUGCCGACGCCGCAUCUGGCUGCUCCUACGUCACGGGACGAAGCUUGGGUCAUUCAGACGGCACUUGUAUUCUACCCGCGCUCCCUGUACCGGACAUGCUUACAGGAUUGAUCGGUGCUAUUGGCACAGCGAUGGCUAUCAGAGACCGCGCGCGUGAAGGUGGCUCCUACCACGUUUUCGCCACUCUGAUGUCUGCGGCAGCUCUUCACCUGGAACCCGAGCUCGGACUGUACCCUCCCAAAGUGGUGGAGGAGUGUAGCCAGAGGUUCAAGUGGGACCAGAUUGGCCCGGACCUAUUCGUUCUUGAGCUAUUGGACGUAGUGCUUAAGAGUUGGAGGGAAACUAUUCCCCAAGUCGCUGGCCAAGACCACAUGUCAACUCUGAAGGGUGACUGGGGUGAGUUUGAGGUCCUCAAGCCUGUCGUGCAGCUAAGUGAAGCAAAGACUUCGCCAUGCUUCUAUUCAGCGCCUGAGCCCAACUGCUAUCGCAGCAGUGAUGCGAUGGUUUGGUAG